UAGUGUGAUGGUGUCGUUACACUAUCAGUCAUUAUGUCGCAACCCUUUGUUAUUCACUGACCUGUGGAGACUGUUACUUAAACCUACGACACCUCCAGCUGAUCUGCGCGUCUGAUCAAACCACGAGUACUGACCGUAACAUCUCACAAUGGGUUCACUGAAACUAUCACGAGGUACUAGCGAGACCAGUCGCGCGAGCGAUGCAGGUGAGCAUCGACUGCCCACGACGCCGGCAAUGAAGAUUCUCUUCCUCUGCACGGCGCAUAACUCGCUCUCUCAGCAGCUGUAUCUUAUCCUCAGUCAAAAACACGAUGUCACGAUUGAGUAUGCUUUGUCCGAUAAAGCCAUGAUUGAAGCUGCGAACAUAUUUCAACCAAAUGUCAUUGUCUGCCCGUUCUUGACUACACGAGUCCCAAGUGAGAUCUUCUCAAAGUAUCUCACUCUCAUCAUCCACCCCGGACCGCCAGGUGACGCAGGUCCCAGUGCCCUCGACUGGAUGCUCAUGGGCGACGAUGGCAACGUAGCAGACUCCGACGAACUUCUCAAAUCUCAGACCUGGAGCCAGAGAGGCCGGUCGCAUUGGGGUGUUACAGUCUUACAAGCUGUUGAUGAGAUGGACGCUGGUCCAGUCUGGGCAUUUGAGCAGUUCAAGGUCGACAUCGAUGCGCCCGGAGUCACCAAGUCAACACUUUACCGCAAAGAGGUCACCCAAGCAGCGAUUACUGCCACCGCCACUGCUCUGCAUCGCAUUGUCUCGGCAGCUAACGGCUUCUCCGAUUCAGGCAUUGCAGCAGCUCUGUCGCAACUGUCACUGUUACAGAAACAGGAUAUUCGUGGCAUCUCAGUUGAUCUUGUCCCCAAUCGCAGUUACAAAAGCCUAUCAGUGACACUGCGGAAGCCCUUCCUCGGCGGACCGACACGUCGCCGACCCCUUCUUAAGGCAGCAGACCGCAACUUCGACAUCCAAUGCGAACCCGCUUGGACAAUUUCACGAAAGAUCAGGUCUGCUGAUUCGCAACCUGGCUGCCUCACAAAACUGUUUGGAGGAGUCGGCCUCUACGUCUACGGAGGUACGAUUGAGGCUGGGAGAGAUGCGAAAUGCAAGCGCGGACCUGGACAGAUCGUUGGUUGCAGAGACGAUGCUGUUUGCGUCGCCACUUGCGAUGGACGAGGCAUCUGGAUCACUCAUAUCCGACGAGUGAAGCGCAAGGUUGAUCCAAUGCUCUGGCCCAAAGUCCCGGCUGUCUCGGGCCUUCUCGACCUCGGCUUGAUUGACCAAAACACCUUGUAUAGAUCAGUAUCGCUACGUCCUCUGUUUGGCUGGUCCAAGGCAACAUACUCGACCUAUCAAGAGAUUUGGGUAGAGUUUGCUGCGAGUGCAGGCAAGCGUCAAGUCGCCUUUGUCUACUUCGAGUUCUACAACGGUGCCAUGAGCACCUCUCAAUGUUCACGACUCAUUGAAGCUCUUGAAUUCGUCGCUUCACAUGGAGCUCUUGAUGCUGUCGUGCUUAUGGGUGGUGACUCCUAUUUCAGCAACGGUAUCGCUCUCAAUGUCAUCGAGGCCAGUGACGAUCCUGCGGCAGAGUCUUGGAGGAACAUCAAUCGCAUAGAUGACGUGGUGCACAUGCUACUCGACGUAUUCCCUCGGAAGAACGUCGCUACCAUCGCCGCGCUGAGAGGGAACUGCGCAGCCGGCGGCGUGGCCCUGGCAGCGGCUUGCGACGUGGUCAUCGCAGGCUCCGAAGUCGUCCUCAACCCCGCAUAUCGAGCUCUCGGACUCUACGGCUCUGAGUAUCACUCCCUGUCCUACGUAGGUCGCUGUGGACCAGAGCGCGCAAAGUAUAUCUUGCGUGGUAUGUUACCCAUAUCCGCUUCUCAAGCAAGAGACACGGGCCUUGUAGAUAAGGUCCUCCCAGCUUCGGGACACUUCCUUGACAUGAGGAUACGACAUCACAUCAAAGAGAUGAGCUUCAUGACUUACAAGCCCGGCAAGUGGAAGUCCAAGGUCGAUGUGAGUCAUGUCGGGCUUACAGCAGCAAAGACUCUUGAACUCGGUGAGAUGGCUAAAGACUUCUGGAGCGCAAGGUCCGAGAGGUACAACACACGACGGCGAGAUUUUGUUCGGAAGGUCAAGCCAAAGCAAACACCGUUACGCUUCGCCACUCACAGACGACGCGACGGGGACCUCGACGAGGAAGAGACUGAUUCGUUUGACGUCGUCGCAGUGUUCGAGGAGCGAGUCAUCGAGAGAAUUUUGAAGGAGAGGUUAUCCAAGAUGGAUUCGAGGCUGUUAUCCCUCCAUGAGGAACUCAGGUCUCACGAGAAACCAUCUAGCAUCAAUGGUGAGACAAGAAGGCCACAGGAAGGCAAGGGUUUGAUGUUUCCUUGUUAUUAUGAAGUAGAUACCCACGUUUGCACUUGAUUCUAGCUAUAAUUCAAGCU